CGGCUCGAAAGAGAGGGUACGUACCGUCAGGUGGCGGCAGCGUUUCGCAGGCACUGUCUGUAGUGAAAAAUGGCCGGCGUCAGCGAUUACUUCAGCAUUGGGAGUACCGUGGCAUGUAAAACCUGUUAUGACAAGGAGAUCGAAGGCGAGGUACUGGCGUUCGAUCAGCAGACGAAGAUGUUGAUAUUGAAAUGCCCGUCGUCGUGUGGCAGAGCUUCGUUAAACGACGUUCACAUAGUAAAUUUGUCACUGGUGUCCGAUGUGCAGGUAAAGAAGGAAGUUAGUCCAACGACGAGCGAGCCACCACAGAGUCUUAAUCUGCAGAGGCUAAAUACAAGAGUGCGUAAUCAGAUCGAAGAGAAGAAGAGAAUGGUAAAGGCUCUGCAGGCCGGAGUGUCGCCCGAGGGACAGAAACUUUUCAUUGCCAUCUCUAAGACCAUUAAUGAAAUCACAUGGAAUGGACCUAAUAUAGUCGUCUGGGAUAAAGUCACCAUUAUACCUCCAUAUAAAAUUGAAAAUGUUCAAGGCAACUCGGACGAUAAGGCGUUCACUCAUAUAAAGAAAGUGGUUGAAAAACAUAUGCGAGAUACAGCAGCUGCAGAAUCACUACAAAAAGAUCAACCAUCGCAAUCACAACAGCAAACACAAAAAGGCAACAGCACGCAAUAGGAAAUAAAUUAUACGCCAUAGAAAAAGAGCCGACACACUUUUUGUUGUGUUAAUUAUAUUUAUGGAAAGUACGAGAAAAAGGAGCAAAUUAUCUACAAGAUUAAAAAGAAUAAAAAAAAAAGAAAUACUGAAAGUAGUCUACCAAAAAAAUUA